UUCAAGCAUACAGAAGAAGCGCCAACGAUUUUGGAUCCAAUUCUCUACCUUCUGUCUCUUUUCCAUUUUUCUUUUUGCCGAUCAAUUUUGUUUCCUUCAUUGGAUGUUUUAUCGCAUGAAAAGGAACUGAAAGGUCACGAAAGGCUCAAACCGAAUUUCUGAUUGAUUUUCGUGGCUACUUGGAAUUUGAUUUGAACCAAAUAUAGAAGAUCAAAAUAGAGGAGGCCAUAAUUUUGAUUUUGCCACUACCCAAGGUUCAGGACAUUGUAGCAAACAUGGAGCGGCUGACAUCUCCUCCUCGUCUGAUGAUAGUCUCGGAUCUUGAUCAUACAAUGGUUGAUCAUCAUGAUGCUGAGAACCUUUCUUUGCUUCGGUUCAACUCAUUGUGGGAAGAUGCUUAUCGCCAUGACUCUCUUCUUGUUUUCUCAUCUGGAAGAUCUCCCACUCUCUACAAGGAGCUGAGGAAAGAAAAACCCAUGCUAACCCCCGACAUCACCAUCAUGUCUGUAGGGACUGAGAUAACAUACGGUAACUCCAUGGUUCCUGAUGAUGGUUGGGUCAAGGUGUUGAACACGAAAUGGGAUCGGGAAAUAGUCAAAGAAGAAACUAGCAAGUUUCCUGAGUUAACUCUUCAGUCAGAAACUGAGCAAAGGCCUCACAAGGUUAGCUUUUACGUUGACAAGACUAAGGCUCAGGCAGUGACCAAGGAACUAUCAGAACGGUUGGAGAAACGUGGUUUAGAUGUCAAAAUAAUUUACAGUGGAGGCAUGGACUUGGAUAUUUUACCACAAGGUGCCGGAAAGGGACAAGCCCUUGCCUAUCUGCUAAAGAAGCUGAAGACUGCAGGAAAACUGCCAGUUAAUACUCUUGUUUGUGGGGACUCAGGAAAUGAUGCUGAACUAUUUAGCAUUCCCGAUGUUUAUGGCGUCAUGGUGAGCAAUGCCCAAGAAGAGUUGUUGCAGUGGCAUGCUGAAAACUCUAAGAACAACCCGAAGAUAAUCCAUGCAACUGAGAGAUGUGCAGCUGGGAUCAUUCAAGCCAUUGGUCAUUUUAAGCUUGGUCCUAACCUUCCUCCAAGAGAUGUUUCUGAUUUCUUAGAAUGCAAGGUUGAAAAUGCAAAUCCUUGUCACGAGGUUGUGAAAUUCUUCUUGUUCUAUGAGAGAUGGAGAAGGGGUGAGGUUGAAAACUGCGAGACAUACCUAGCAAGCCUUAAAUCUGCAUGUCACUCCAAUGGUAUCUUUGUCCAUCCAUCUGGUGCCGAAAAGUCUCUUACUGACACUAUUGAUGAGCUCCGGAAGUAUCAUGGAGACAAACAAGGAAAGAAAUUCCGUGUUUGGGUCGACCAGGUCCUUGCAACAGAUACCACUCCCGGGACAUGGGUCGGGAAGCUUGAUAAAUGGGAACAAUGUGGAGACGAACGAAAAGGAUGCACUACCACUGUCAAGUUCUCCUCAAAGGAAGGCGAAGCAGAGGAAGGUUUCAUGUGGCUUAACGUGCAGCAAUCAUGGUCCGAGGAAUCAGCCGUGAAGGAUGAUAGCAACUGGAUCAUCUGAAACCUCUCUAUCUUGAAAUGUUUCUGUUUGCCGAAUAAGUAGCGACAAAAAGAAAAAGGCGAUGAGCUACAAUCCAUGGAUAUAUAGAGAGAGAGAGGUAACUUCUGGGGAGCAGUAUUCAUCUCGUAUUAUCAAUUUCUGUUUAGAAGCUCGAACAUUGUACCUUGAUUCCGAACCCUCAAUGGAAUUUCCAAAUGAGAUUUCUCUUUGUUUCAGA